AUGGAUCCGGACGAUUUGAACAGCCCCGCGGAGGACGAUCUGGUGCACAACCCAGACCCUAGGCGGGAUCGACUGUACGACAGCGGACGUAUCUUCACACUACGAGGCCUCAUGAACCUCGGGUACCUGCUAGUUCUCGCCGGAACCAUUUUCGUCCUCUUCGCGGGGUACCCUGUCAUCACAUACUUCACCAAGACGAAGCAGUCGUAUCUGGGCGGUUUCAACUUAGGCGUGAUCAACAGUACAGGCCAGAUUCCCCACAUCUCUGGCAUGCGCGGCCUCAUUGACCGCGAGACACCAGAAGAGGUGCGCAUCAAGACGGAUUACGUGACCGGCCAGACAUGGCAGCUCGUGUUCAGCGACGAGUUCAACACUGACGGACGCUCGUUCUACCCCGGGGACGACCCAUACUGGGAGGCGGUCGAUCUGCACUACUGGGCAACGGGGAACAAGGAGUGGUAUGACCCGAAGGCGAUCACGACGCGCAACGGCUCGCUCAAGAUUCGGCUGUCGCAACAGGGGAACCAUGGCUUGAACUACACCGGCGGCAUGAUCCAGACGUGGAACAAGUUCUGCUUCACGGGCGGCUUGUUCGAGACGAGCGUCAUGCUCCCCGGAUACAACAACGUGCGCGGGUUUUGGCCUGCUAUCAGGGCGAUGGGAAAUCUGGGGCGUGCUGGCUACGGCACAUCACUUGACGGCAUGUGGCCUUACAGCUAUGAUGCGUGUGAUAUGGGGACCGUCGCCAACCAGACGGUCAACAACCUGCUCGUUGCAGCUACGGAAGGCAACGAUGCCUAUAACAACGGCGCGCUCUCGGAGUCCCAUCCUGGCCCGGUCCAUGACAACGGCGAGUAUGUCGGUCGCUCUGCGCCCGAGAUUGAUAUGUUCGAAGCCCAGAUUGGUGGCACGCCAAUGGGCGAUAGAUCUGGGGCGGUAUCCCAGUCCGGACAAUGGGCUCCGUUCAAUUGGAAAUAUACACCUUUAGGAGAAUUCGAUGUUCCGGACUUGACGAGAAGCGUCAACAACUCCUACACCGGUGGGGUGUAUCAACAGGCUACGUCCGUCGUGACUGCUACCGACCAGACAGCGUACGAAUUCAACGGCUAUGGCUAUUCAGUGCAUGGUUUCCAAUACAAGCCAGGUUUUGGUGACGCGGAUCCGAACGCGAUCAAUAUUGGUUGUGACCCUCCCCACUUCCCUACGGCCGUGUACAUCGCUCAGUACAAGGAAGCGUAUGCGAACCCAGACCUGACCACAUGGGUCAACGAUUACAAGCAGGAGAGCCCCAAGAACAAGUUCCUCGGGCAGUGCUGA